CCCGACUGUAUAGUGUGGAUGUUGACAAUCUGAAAUACUGACAUGUACUGUUUUGGCUAUAUGAUAUUUGUCCUAUUAUGGACAAAUUGUGUUCUUCAGAAGGUAUCCCAGCAGAUGCAGAUGCAGGUUCCAUAUGAUGACUUGGUCAAUCUACUUACUGAGCCUGAGAUUCCAACAAGUUGUGGUCCUCCACCUGCUAUUGGUAACGCAAUGCUUCUAAGUGACAGAAGACAGGAAUUCUUAUCAGGUGAAUUUGUGAUAUAUCAAUGCUACAGGCUGUACGAAAUGGAAGGCACUCCAAUUGCAAAAUGUGAGAAUGGCCAUUGGAAAGGUGUUCCGAGAUGUGUUGAAACUUGUAGAGCUGAUGAAAUUGAUAUGAACCGCAACAAUAUUCAGCUGAGAUGGAUUACUAAGUCAACCUCUAUGAGAGCAUCUGAUUAUUGGAUGGAGUUUGUGUGUAAACCAGGAUUCCAUAAGCAUCCAUUAUCAUCACCAUUUAUAAAACAAUGUGUAAAGGGACAAUGGGUGUAUCCCAGAUGUGUAUAAUAGAGUUAAGUAUUUCUUAAUUCACCUAUUAAAAAUUCACGCAUAUUCACAUAACUUUCUCCUUGCAUGUUGGCGUGUAAUUGCCUGACUUUAAGGUACUAUUAAAAACCAGAAAGAAAGAAUGAAAGGGCAAAUUGUAUUGAUUCUUAUCCUGUCUGCUGACAUCUUCUGUAACUGGUGAUAAUUUGUGAGCUCUUUGGUCUUUAGAAUCCUCAGAAGUGAAACUUAAGUGACAUGUGUUAUCAUCUGCUUAGAAGUACAAAUACUAUUCAGGUUCCCUAUUUAAUCAUAAUUCCCCAUCCCUUCUUGCUAACUAAUGAUUUACAUUGUGUGUCAUCUCGAAAUCCCAUCUGAGGGAGGGAUCACAAUACAUUACUCUGCCAAUCCACUUUUCAACUGUAGACCAUUGUAAGAAUCCUAGUACCUAGAACUGUUGUUUCAAACGAUGCCCUGGCAUUUCAGGUUGCCAUAGCAAACUCACAGGAACCAGGAUAUUUUAAAGGGAAACACAGUGAUAUUCAACAUCUGCAGUGCAGAAACUGCUAAUCGAGUAUCACUGCUUUUCCUUGAAAAUUUAAAAUAUCCCAUAGCACUCAAACUAUGUGAAUUCAUUGUUUCUGUUAAACUCGUAGUUCCCAAACUCAUAGUUCUCAAACACAUAAUUCCCAAACGGUGUGCUAUGAUGCCCCAAGAUAUCAAAGCCAGUUCAUGAAUUGAGGGGCAUUGUGAAAAACCUACUGAGACACUAUGGGCACCAUGAACCAACAAUGUUCGGGGCCUCCACAUUUUGCCAAGAUUGGUUUAAUCUUGCCAGUUCAUCAAUGUCAUCUGUAGUGGGCCCCCAUUAGUUUAAUGGGGCUAUGUGUCACAGCACUGGUAUAUAAACUAUCCUUAGAGCAUUCUGGCCUUUGGUUUCUAUUUUAAAAAUGUGCAUGUGACAGAUAACUUGUAUAAUUAUUUUUUCAGCCAUUAAUUAAAAACAAGGCCUUUACUUGUAAAACAAACAAUGUUAAAUUAAUUGCUUUAAAACUUUUAGGAGUUUACUAGAAUAGCAACUGACAGAGCAGGUCACAUUGUACUGAAAAGAAUUAUUAAGGCUACCAGGUGGUAAAUUAAAGAAGCUACAAUUCAUCAAGAAAAUGUGAGGAUUACUGUAUUUGCCAUAAUCUGUUUAAUUCAAAUUAUAUACAAUACAUAGAACAUCGCAUGACUUUUUAUCCUUGUUAAAAACUCAUUUUUAGAAAGCUGGGAUUUGUAUAAAGGGAAAUAUGUUUAAAAGCAUCUUGCAUAUUGUUAUUCUAAUUACAUACUGCUUAAGUUGUUCUAACAUGUUAAUGUUAAAGAAGAUACAAGGAAGAAACAAACCUGCUGGGAUGAAAUAAUGUAAGCCAUAAAUUUGCCACUUGUAGAAAUUUAGGUAGAAUCAAUAUUCUUUAUUGUUCGAAUCUCACAUAUUAUCAAUGUCUUUUAUUCUUUGAUCACUUGCUUCCUGAUGUUUCACAUGUAGCAAAUGUAUGUAUCAUUUGUUUCUGUAUUGUACAA